AUGUUCCGGCUGAGCGAUCCGCGCGGCUGGCCUACGCGGCUCGUCGUGCGCUACGUGACGAUCGCUCUCGUCGUCGUCUUCGCCGUCACCAACUACCUCUUGUGGCACGAUGUGGGCUUGUGGCGUGUCGUUGGUCUGCCUGGCAUCGUGUCCUUGGGCCGCAAGCACGCGAUCCAGAAGCUCAUGAUCGAGGCGAAAACCCGGCACGACCAUCUGCUGACGCGGCGCAGCCGCAAUGUGACGCAGGCGGCCGAGAGAUAUCGACAGAGACGCGGUCGACACCCGCCGCCGGGCUUCGAUGGCUGGUUUGCGGCCGCCAUCGAGACCGACUCCAUCGUGGUGGAGGAAUACUUUGAUCGCAUCUACAAGGACCUGACUCCCUUCUGGGCCCUCGACGCCGCCACCGUCAAGCGGCGAGCGAAUGCCUGGCACUGGGUCGUCAGGGUCCGCAACGGCACCGCCGUCGGCUCCGGCGACGUCGAAGGCCGCGUUCCCUGGCUGCAGCUGUGGACGGAGCUCGUCGGCGAGUUUGCCGAGCACAUGCCCGAGGUCGACAUGCCCGUCAACAUGAUGGACGAGUCCCGCCUGCUCGUCCCCUUCGACCACGUGGCCAAGCUGGUCGAGCGUGAGAGGAGGGAGAGGCAGCUUCCGCCCGUCGACGACGUCAGGACCAACCUCACCGGGCUCAAGCAGGUGGACGACGAGAAGCCCGAGCCGUACGACCCGGAGUGGCUCGGUCCGAAGGAGCAGUACUGGAACCUCGCGGUCGAGACCUGCGGCCCCGACACGCCGGCCCAUGGCGUCCGCCAGAUCGACGACUUUGCCGCCCCCGCCGCCUUCCCACUCCACUACAUGCCGACCUACGCCUACCGAGGCUUCGUUCGCAACUGGACGGCCGCCAUGAACCCCUGCCUGCAGCCGCACCUGCGACAGCUGCACGGCACCUUCAUCGAGCCCAUCAGCUUGUCUUCCACCACCGAGCUGAUCCCCCUCUUUGGCGGUUCCAAGCUUCCCAUGAACAACGAGAUCCUCAUCCCCGGUGCCAUGUACCUGACCAAGGACGAAUUCUACUCGGGCGGCGACUCGCACGGGCCCCCUUGGCCGAGCAAGAAGGACGGCUUGAUCUGGCGCGGUGACGGCUCCGGCGGACGGCCGAAGGAGCACACCUGGCACCAUUUCCAACGUCACCGACUCGUCGACAUGCUCAACGGCACCACCGUUUCCCGCGCCGAGGCCGAGGGCACCCGGGCGCUGACCUUCCAACUACCUUCCGGCGCCGUAUACGACACCCCACGCGCGAGACGCAAGAAGCUCGGCGCCUGGCUCAGCGAAAUCGCCGACGCGGCCUUUGUUCACCUCUGCCCGGGAAACGAAUGCCCCUUCUUCCGCUCCGUCUUCGAACUGUCGCCGCCCACGCCCAUGCGAAACCAGUACAACUACAAGUUCCUCCCCGACGCCGAUGGGAACUCGUUCAGCGCCCGCUUCCGCGGCUUCCUCCGCUCGACGAGCCUCCCCCUCAAGGCCACCAUCUACGCCGAGUGGCACGACGACCGGAUCGUGCCCUGGGUGCACUUUGUGCCCCUCGACAACACCUUCCAGGACCUCUACCCCGCCCUGGAGUUCCUGGCCGACAAGGACGGUCCGGGAGAUGCCGCUGCCCGCUUCAUCGCCGAGGAGGGUCAGCGGUGGGCGGAGAAGGUGCUUCGGAGAGAAGACAUGCGCCUCUACGUGUGGAGACUGCUUCUCGAAUGGGCUCGCGUUUGUGACGAGGACAGGCACAACCUGGGCUUUGUCGACGACCUGAAGUCAUGA